AUGACUCUACCACAACCAGCGGCGGCGGAAGCAGCAGCAGCAGCUGCUGCUGCUGCUGCACCUCCAGCUACAGCAGCACCAACAGCUAGUCAGGAGGAGCGCGCUUUGCAGCGGGAAGCAGCAGCAGAAAUUGCUGCUGCUGCUGCAGGCGACGGCCCGCUGCUGCAGCAGAAGGACCUGGAGCUGCUGCAGCAGCUACCCAUCACCGAGGAGCUGCAGCAACUGCUGCUGCAGCGCCAGCCUCUGUUCGAGCUGGCAGCAGCACAGGACGUCUCAGGAGUGGUGCAGCAGCAGCACGUCGGUGCUGCCGGCAGCAGCAGCAGCAGCAGCAGCAGCAAGUGGGGCUUCUGGGGCAUCCCUAGGGCGCUGUCAAAAGGCCUUCGGCACGUCGGAUCGCUGCUGCGUCUAAGCCGCAGCAGCUCAGCAGCAGCAGCAGCAGCAGCAGAAGAUGCGUUGGCGUGGGCCCCCCGCCGCGGUCUGCUGCUCGGGUGUACAGACACCCCAACGCUCAGCUUAAGAACAGAGCAGUCGCUGCCGCAGCAUUUGCUUCCUCCGCAGCUGAGGGCUCUGCAGCAGCAACCUGUGCUGCUUGCUGCAGCAGCAGGCGACUUCUCUUUGCUGCUGCCGGUCUUCAAGGCCUGGUGGCAGGCGUGGGAGCAGCAGCAGCAGCAGCAGCAGCAGCAGCAGCCAUGUCUCUGCAGCAUGAAGAGAGCAGCAGAAGAAGAGACACCAAACUCCGAGAGUACGAUGCCUUCCAGCGACGACAGCCCCAGCAGCAGCAGCCCCAGCAGCAGCAGCAGCAGCAGCAGCAGCAGCAGCAGCACCAACAGCAGCAGCAGCAGCGCGCCGGUGCGGCUGCAGCCUGUGGCCGACUACAGGGGUUUGCUGCUGGACUUGAGCUGCAGAGCAGAGGGUCAGCAGGAAGCUGUCUCCUCAACUAGGCUGGUGUCUCUGCCUUCUUCGGGGGGACGCCUCAGCCUCUCGCUGCAGCAGCUAGCGCAGCUAGCCGUCCUCUCCCAGUGUCAUAUAUUAACUUCUCCUGUACACAACCAGCAGCAGCAGCAGCAGCAGCAGCAUCAGGGAAGGAAGGCUCAGAGAAAGGCAGCAGUUUUGUCUCUUAAAGCAUUACUGGGGCUUGUCGAUGCAGUUGUCGGUGAGGCGCAGCAGCAGCUGCAGCGCAUGCGCUGCUGCAGCAGCAGCAACAGCAGCAGCAGCACCAACAGCAGCAACAACAGCGCGGGGGAUGUCUGUCGAUGCACCGGGCCCUGCUGCAUGCGACAGCUUCCUUCCGUCUACGGGCAGCCGCAUCGCCAGCAGCAGCAGCAGCAGCAGCAGCAGCAGUUCCCUCUUGUACCUGUACCGCACUUGGUGGCUCAGCUGCGGUGUACAGACAGCGUAGAGUGUGUACGUGCUGCUGCUGCUGCUCUGCAGCAAAUAAUUGCUGCUGCUCCUGCUUACCUCAUUGGGGGCCUUCACUUGUCUGGUGCAUGCGAAGCAGCACGCCCUUUGCUGCAGAGGAGACAGUUGGUUGCAGCAGUAGCACAGGAGUUUGCUGCAGCAGCAGCAGCAGCUGCUGCUGCUGCUGCUGCACCCGAAAGGCCCCUGCUGCGUGUGGUGUCUCUGCAUGCAAAGGCAAGUCCUCUCGAGCUGCUGCAUUUGCUGCUGCUGGGUGCAGAUGUUGCUGAAGGCGGUGCUGCUGCUAGCGGCAGCAGCGCAGCAGCAGGAAUUGCAUGGGCCUUCGCUAUCCCCUCACGCGAAGAGGUUGCUGCUGCUGCUGCUGCACUGCAGCAGGAGCAGCAUCAGCAGCAGGACGUACAGCUGGCGCUGCAGCUGCUGGAAGCAUGGCCGCAUCAGAAUCUGCAGCUGUACAGACAGCUCAACCUGCUGUCUCCUCGGUAUAAGGAAGACGUGCGGUGUAUAGACGGGAGACCCAGCAGAAGCAGCAGCGCUGCAGCAGCAAAUGAAGAAGCAUCUGCAGCAGGGGCAGUCGAGGGUAUGGGGCAAGACGGAGAACAGCAGCAGCAGCAGCAGCAGCAGCAGCAGGAGGGAUUGGGCUUCCAAUCUAGCGUUAGAGACAGCCGCUGCUAUCUGCAUCAUUUGCUGCAGCAGCAGGAACUGAACGGCCCCUCUCUGCUGCAGCAGCAUAAUGUUGAGUGCUGCCUCGCACUUGCUGCUGCUGUACGCAACAGCAUUAGCGAAGGGACAGCUGCUGCUUUCGUACGCUGCUUCCUGCAGACGCAGACACUGACGCCGCAGCAGUAUGCUGCUGAGUUCGCUGCAGAUGCUGCUGCUCCUGCUGCUGCUCCUGCGGCUGGUGAAGCCGCGGGAGAGCGCGUUAGAGAGGCGCCAGACAGCAGCGAACAACAGCAGCAGCAGCAGCAGCAGCAGCAAAGUGAAGACAAACAACAGGUAGCAGCAACUGUCUCCGCGGCAGCAGCAGACGAAGAGACACAAGGCACGCAGAAUAGUGAUAAUAGCAGCAGCAGCAGCAGCAGCAGCAGCAACACUACCAAGCAGGAUACGCCAGCAGCACCAGCAAAGCGCCAGCGGGGCCGCCCGCGUCGCAGCAACAGCAGCGCAGCGGACGACAGCAGCAGCAGCAGCAGCAGCAGCAGCAGCAGCUCUGCAGCAGCUGCUGAUAGCAGCAGCAGCAGCACGCAUGCGCCAUCCAAUAAGAGGCGCCGCUUACAGAAUUGA